AUUCAUUCUCUAUACAUGUCUAUAAUAAUUAAUCAACUACUUUUCCAUACACACAUACAUAUGCGCAGCCAUCUCAGUCAGCAGCCCCCACCUUCCGUUUAUCGUAUGCUGGUACAUUAACGAGCGCUUGCUAGAUUAGCGGUGUUAUUGAUGCUAAAGCGAACGAAGUCGACCUACGUAGCCGAACCGAACACAAAUAUACAAACAUACUUAUGUGCAUACUCUCAGUCUGUAAAAACUCCCCUACCAACAGUCAUCCUGCCUUGAAGUCUCCAAGCAAGUACAUAACCACGAAAGUAACAAAGCGCCUCCCCGUCAGCGCUUACAGACCCAAGCGAGCACAGUGAGAGCAGAUCUAACGACGAGAGCGGCAAUAGUCAGUAGCUUAUAGUAAAUCACAACGCAAAUGAAUUCAACGAAGCUGUCGAAGUUGCAAGGAUUCUCACAGCAUCGCAAGGGCGCUUGCGAUAGGAUGAAAUUUAGUAAUAGAAAACUAUCGCUACGAAGUAGAUCUAGUGCUAAGGUAGCGGCUGCAGCUAAAUGAAGAAGGACAAUUGGAAUUGAACAAUUGCUAUUUCAAACAACAAAAUAAAAAUAAUCAAUAAUCGCAAGGAGAAUAAAUCAAGUGAACAGAAAAUGGCACAGCUCGUGGGACCAACGGCGCAUACUUUGGAAAAUGAUAACAACUACUAUCAAAUCAGCGAUGAAGAUCUCGAAGACUGCGACGAUCUCAACGAUGACUCUCUACUUGAAGAGGUGGUAGAGGGUGCCAAUGGUAAUAGUGUCUCAAUCGGUGGGCGCGGCCCAUAUGAACGCGCUUGGACUACAGAAGCAACACGCGCGCUCAUACACAUCCGCGGUCCAAUGCAAGGCAUGUUCACCGAAGGCCGACAAAAACGGACUGCUCUUUGGCUGCACUGCACACGACAGCUACAAAAAUUGGGCUUUCGCUAUAGUGCCGCCAAAGUACAAAAGAAGUGGCAUAAUAUACUCAUUACCUAUAGUAAAAAUCUACCCAAGAAAAAGACAAGUGGGUAUGUGCAUUGGGAAUUCUUUGAGGAAAUGCACAAGUACUUGAAGGAUAAAAAAGUAGAUAUGUAUGAUUUUCAACUAAAAUCGAUACCAUGUCACAAACCGGCGGGGCAGCAACAACCCGCACCGAGUAACUUUCAACAUGCGCGGGAAAUCAAAGAAACUCCGUCCAUGGCAAAUGAGAUGAUGACGCAAUAUAGCGAUGGAAAUCAGUUGUCAUUAUUGGCUAAUAAUGCCGAAACGCAUUUGGAUAAAUCAAAUGAUGAAUUCGACGAGGAUUCGACGGUAAUGUCUGAGUUAAAACAACCAAAACUGGAAUUUAACGCAGCUGAAUUACCGCUGGAGAUAACUCAUGCGAAUGGUUAUGAGCGAGGCGGGAACAAAUGUGAUAAGGCCGAGUUCCCGCUUGAGGGUAAUAUGGAACAGGAAGAGAGCCAAUGGUGGAAGGACUAUUUCGAACGGAAAUUGGAGGUGGAACGAGAAAAAAUUCAGUGCCAGAAAGAGCUGCACCGUGAACAAAUGCAAUUCCACAAAAUGUCGCUGCUACAACAGGAGAAGAUCGAACGUCUGAAAAUUGAUGCAAUCAACAGCUUGACGGCGACGCUGCAAAAGCUGGUGGAGGCGAAAAACCGGAAGGCAUAGAGAGAUGUGGGAAUCAAAGCGUGGUUACUUUUUUAUUUUUUAUUAUUGUUUUUGUUUUUUGAAAUUGAAAUAUUUAGAAUCGAAAUAGUAUAAGAACAUUUUUUUUGGAAUUGUGUACAUGUAUGUGUAUAUGAAUCUAUGUAUGUGUAUGCAUAUUAUUUGAAUAUGAAGUGGAUAGCAUCAUUAAAUGUAAUUAUGUUUUAAGAUAAGCUGUAAAUUGAAAGGUAGAUACGUGUAAAUAUUUGAGUUUCCAAUACAUUUUAAUUAAUCUAAAGUUAA